UAGUGCAAGUCAAUGGUGUAUGUAAUAUAUAGCUGACCAACCACUCAAGUUUUGCCUCAUUAUUAGGUGGAGAACCUAUGAACUUUACCACCUAAUAUCUUCUCCAACGUAACAAAGCCAUUGUUUGUACUCUAAGACAAAUAUAUAGGUGAGGUAAGGUGCAAAAGGGAGGGAGGGAGGGAGCCCCCAUUUCUUGUAGUGUACAUUGCAGCAAAACAAUUUGUCAGAAAACAUACAAGUAGUAGUAUCUCUAAUUGCCUGCCAGUGUUAGUGGGGCGGGGCGGGAAGGAAUAUGAGUGAGCAUCAGAGAAUAAGAAUUCACCCCGAGGUGGAAGCGCCUCCACCGCCUACUCGGCCUUUAGUCCCCCGAGGGUCCUUCCGGUCGGAAAAGGGCGACCCAUCUACUCAAGCAUGGCAGCCCCAAAAGAGCAAAAGAAGCUGUUGUUGCAAGUGCAUGUGGUGGACAGUUAGUGUGAUUGUUGUCCUCUUCAUCAUUAUAGCCGCGUGUGCCGGCAUUCUCUACCUCAUAUUCCAACCUAAGAUCCCAAAGUACUCGGUGGAUAACCUUAGGAUAUCAGAUUUGAGGGUGAACCCUCUGGACCUGAGCCUCUACGCGAAGUUCAACGUCAAAAUCACAGCCCAAAAUCCCAACAAGAAAAUCGGGAUAUACUACGAGAGAGGGAGCCGGUUGAGCGUGUGGUACAAGACCACAAAGCUGUGCCAGGGAUCACUGCCGGAACUGUACCAAGGUCACCAGAACACGACGGUGCUAGAGGUGGCCCUGUCGGGGCAGUCACAGUAUGGUAACACCUUGCUGUCUGCACUGCAAGAAGCACAACAAACUGGAAGAGUUCCUUUAGACCUGAAGAUUGAUAUGCCGGUAAGAAUCAAGGUAGGGAGGUUGAAGUUGAUGAAGGUUGGGAUAUUAGGAGACUGCAUGCUCAUUGUUAAUAGCUUAUCUACUAAUAGUCUCAUUAGCAUUAAGGCCAGCACUUGUAAGUUUAAGCUUAAGCCUUAGUUAAAACAUGUAUACUGUUGUUGUUUUUAAUAUCAUUAUAUUAUUGUGGGUGUGGUGUUUUCAAUAAUCAAUUGG